GAGGCGGAGGGAAGCGCUCUGAGGCGAACCUUCCCGGAAUGUGCCCGGAGGGGUUGAGGUUGCGCAAGGGGAGCAAGAGGUGGCUGGCCGUGCACUCCUAGGAGCAGCGGCAGCAGAGGCAGCCGCCUCGAUGGAGGUCCCAGAGGAGAUCCAGAGCUUGAGCAUCCUCAACAGAUGGCUGCCCAGCCUCUGCUUGGAGGCCUCCAGCAAGGAAGAACUCACCAGGCAUCUCAGCCAUCAGUUCCAUUCUCAAACUGCUCUUACCAUCACUGCUAUUGUGGAACUUCUCCAUGCUGCCAGCUGGUGGCUCCAUGUGGAACAGCAGCAAUACUUCCUCCAGCUGCUCCGAGAGCGCUGAUUUCCAGUACCUCCUCUUCCCCGUGGUCUACAGCCUGGUCUUUGUCCUGGGACUGGCUGGGAAUGUCUUUGUGUUGACCUACUUCAUUCGGACCAAGUCAGCCACGGCCCCCGCCAACGUCUUCCUGGUGAACCUGGCCACCAUCGACCUGCUUUUCGUGCUGACCUUGCCCUUCCGCAUCGCCUACCACGCGCUCCACAAUGACUGGGUCUUCGGGGAAGUCCUCUGCAAAGUCACCGGCUGCCUCUUCUUCGCCAAUCUAUACGGCAGCUCUCUCUUCCUGGCCUGCAUCUGCCUGGAGCGCUACGUGGCCGUGGUGCACCCACUGAGGCACCUGCAGUUCCGGCAGCUCCGCUACCGCGUGGGUGCCGCCUUGGGAGUGUGGGCGGUGUUGGUGGCGGCCAGCCUGUACCUGGCACUCCGGGGGCCCCUGACCAGCCAUUUCGCCGACGGCCGCACGGCCUGCCUGGAGAACUUCUCCUCUGGCUCCUGGAAGGGCCGGAUCUCCUCCGUCAGCAUCUUCGCGGCUGUGGUCGGCUUCCUGCUGCCGCUCUUCUUGAUCGGUGUGUGCUACCCGCUCAUUGCGUGGCGGCUGCUGGCCUCGCCGGGGAUGCAGCCCGGCUCGCAUGCGGUGAGGCACAAGGCACUGCGGACAGUGCUGGUGGUCCUCGGGGUCUUCCUGGUCUGCUUCGCGCCCUACCACCUGGUGCAGCUGGUCCAUACGCUGGGCCGGGUGGGUGUCCUGGGUGGCUGCCCCCUCAUACGGGCCACCUAUGUUGCCCGCCGGGUCACCAUGGCACUCACCAGCCUCAACGCCUGCCUUGACCCGCUGGUCUACUACUUCGCCGCAGAGCGCUUCACUUGGCAGCCAGGCUGGUGCAAAGGCACCUGCCGCUGCCGCCGCCGCCACCGCCUGGAGACAUCCCAGCGAUCCCUGCUGUGGCUCCGCAGGCUUGUUGCCAGCAAGGGAUCAUCUGCUGGGGGAGAAAGCACCAGUCCUGGCACAGCGCAAUGACGAGGGGACAUGGCCGGCCGUCUGGCUAGAUCCCCUUCCUAGCCUUUAUUCAUUGGAGUCACACGUGUGUCUGCGUGCGCAUCUUAGCUGUGUGGUUACAUGAGCGAAGAAGACCGUGCCUUAGCCUUUGACAAGCAUCUCCCUCCAGAUACAGGCCCUGUUUACACAGGGCCCUGGAUCCACAUUUUAAAUGCUUCUUUUUGCAUCGGGAUUGAUUUGGACGGUUCAUAUACGUCCGUCCUUGCUGUGGAUUUUUUUUUGCUGUUCACAUGUGGUCGCAUUAACUGCAUUGGUUUUUUUCUUGCCACGCCCCCCUAUUUAAAAUGUUAACUGAAGGGGUGGUGUUUCCCUGUCUCCUGCAGGUAAAGUCUGCGGACACUGGGGGGUGCUAUUCUCCUCUUUUCUGCUCUUAGUUUAGUGUCAUCCAGGCAAAAAACCCAUUGCAGCAUUGCAGGCUUCUCCCUCCACCCUCGUUCCGUGGCUGCUUGGGUGUCCUACUUUGAAAAAACCAAACAGCAAACAGGAAAAAAACCCAACCGCAAACAAAAAGAGGGGGCCUUUAGCCGCACCCCUCCCUGCUGGUCGCCUGGGCAUGCUUGGGGGUCCCUCUGUGACUUAUGGGGGUUGGGGUUUGCAGCGCCAUGGAAGAAGAAACAUGCUGUCAGGGACCAUGGCUUUUUGGGUGCCGUGUGUAAAUAAACCAUAUUUCAUAAAGACACCGCAGUCUCCACUAACCGUCUUCCCAAAGGAAACGAAACCCUGGAUGAGUGCAGGGACCCUGGAAAUCUCACCGCUCUGAGAUUGGGGAGGAGCUGCCUGCCAACACUCCCCCCUUUCAUGCGUAUGUUGUUGUGGGAGAAGGUAUUAACAAGGAUCUCAUUCUCAACCCAGCAGCAAAAAGGGUGUGUGGGUGUGGCUGGGAGUGUCAAGAAGGUGUAUUCUAUUGUAAACCGCUUUGAGAUCUUUUAGACAGUAAGCGGUCUAUCAUCAUCAUCAUCAUCUUUACUCUAAAGCAGGGGUGAGAAACCUUUUUUCAGCCCAAGGGCCACAUUCUCUUCUGGGCAAUCUUUCAGGGGCCAUAUGUUAAUAGUGGGCAGUUCCAGAGGCAAAAGUGUCCGGAGCAACACAUGUGAUUUUUACUUUUUUACAAUAAGCUAGUUUUCUCUUUGAUGUAAAAUCCCUUGGGAGUUUCUACUGAAAAGUACAGAACUUCUUUCGUAAGUAUGUAGUAUUGAUUGUGUGCUGGAUUAAACCUUCCAAGGAAAUACGCUGAGGUGGCUGCAGCUGUCCAGUGUGAGCAUAUACAUGUCUACUCUGAAGUAAACCCCACUGAUUUCAGUAGAAUUUCAUGUUAUAAUUGUACUUAUAUGUUGUAUUUUAAUUUUUAUGUACGCCGCCUAGAGUGGCUGUUAAUUCAGCCAGAUAGGUGGCUUAGAAAUAAAAUUUUAUUAUUAUUAUUAUUAUUAUUAUUAUUAUUAUCCCAGACAGUGGAACUGUUGGGAAUUUUUGACCCUGGGCUUAGUGGGCUUAACCCCCUGCCCAUACAAAGAUUCCUGAUCAUAAGGGAAGUCUCAGUUGAAGGCCCAUCCAUGUGGCAGUCUGUUAUGGGUUUGGAGCUUCUCCCAUAUCCUGCCCCCCGCCUCCAUGCACGCACAGAUGUAAUCCAGAUUUACCACU